AUGAUGAGGCCACAAUCUAAUGGAGCCAGGAAGUUAUUUAACUCGGAAUGGAUUUGCCUGAUACGACUUCUGGAUAAAGUCUACGAACAUUUGACUACAAAACUUUUAUCCAUAAGAGAGAGAGAGAGAGAGAUGUCUUUGAUAUCAAGGAGAAAUCAGUUUUAUUAUCAAUCUAAUCAACUCAAUAAUAGUAGUAACAGUUUAGAUUCUAGUCAUCAUCCAUAUCAAUCACAAUACUCAAGAGAUACAAAUCCAAAGAUAGUGAAUCGAAGUAGAAGUGUUACUUUCAAAGAUGGUUCAGCACUUCAUGAUCAUCAUCAAAUCAUAAAUCAUCGAAAUCGAAACUUGAGUUUAACAGAAAGAACUACUAGAGUAGUAGAAUUUCCUCAGCAUUCUACUCAUCAAACUCAACAUCAUUAUCAACAAGAUUAUUAUCAAAAUAAAGAAAACCAAUCAGAGUGUUUGAAAGAACUUGAUUCGAAUCAAACUCCAAUUAACACUAACACCCAUCUCAAACGACAUCGAAGAAAAUCUAGAUCUGAUCUUCAACUUAAAUCUAAUUCCAAUUCAAUCUCACCAAAUUCACAUGCAAAUCCAUCCAUCACCUCUUCACCUCCUGCUUCAAUCACACCAUCUUCUAAUAAUCUGGCUACAAUACAAUUUCCAAUUCGUUUGGAUACUCGAACCGAACUCAUCUCUAUACUCGAUUCUAUACUUGGAUCUCAUCGACUUUCAACUCUAGUCAAUCUUGAUCACUUACGAAAUGAACCUAAUGAUACUCCAACCAUCAGUCCUUCCUCAAAUCCGACUUCACCUCAAUUAUCAGUUCAAAGCCCAACUCCUUCUGCAACAGAUACCAGUCAAUCAAAGGGAUUAUUCAAACGGCUUGGUUGGCGUACGAGGGCGAUCACUCUUGCUUCUAUUCGUCCUUCUACAGCUACCACUUCAAAAUUGACUGAAGAUCCACCAUCCAGUCAACGUGAUUCUAUCAAAUCAUUUCGUUUGUUUGGCGCUCCACUCUCUGAGACGGCUUGUGCUAGUUGUGUUACCAUCAUUGGUGGUCAAAAACAUAGACUUCCUAUCUUGGUCUUCAAAACAGUCGAAGAGAUUUACACAAGAGGUCUUGGAAUCCCUGGUUUAUUUAGGACCAAAGGAAAUCCUCUUCGAAUCGAAUCUCUUAUCAAAGCUUUCGAAACUUCUCCAUCUUAUGGUGAUUUAGUAGCUCUCGAUCGUGAAGGAGUCUUUGAUCUAUGUGAUUUACUCAGAAACUUUUUAUGGUCAUUACCUCAACCACUACUCGAACCCGAUUUAGGUGAAUUAUUUUGGACAACUUGUGUAGAUGAAGAUGGACCUGAAAAGUUACCGAUCGCUACAAGAGUUACGAUUGCUCAAGUGAUCUUUAGAUUACUACCGACACGUUCUUUUAGUCUUUUGGUUUAUCUGAUUGCCUUUUUAUCACAAAUCCCACUCUCUCCUGGUAACCAAUUAAGCCUUCCAAUGAUUUCUCAAAUCUUUGGUCCAGCUCUUUUAGCUCCUAGAAAAGUUGGAAUCGUUGGACUUGGAAUUGAUGGUCACUCAGCUCUUUUAGAAUCAAAUAUGCCUAAAGAAAUCUCACGUAGAGCGGUUAAUGGAUUGGCAUGGCUUCAAUCUAAUUGGAAUCAAAUCACUGAUGGUCUUCUUGAUGAACGUAUCCGGUAUCCACCUCCUCAGGCUAGUCUACCAUCAGUCCCUACCUCACCACGAGCGCUAACCAUCGUUGAAGAGGCUUCCUUCGAAUGUGAUAGCGAAGGGCAAGCUGAAACAGAAGUGGAGAAAAUAAUUUCAAGUGACAAAAAGACUGAAUCCCAACCCGAGAUAGAAACUGAGUCUACCAUCGUGGCGCUGCAACCACGCAAGGCAAAUGACUCAUCACGAAGUUUAUCCGUAUCAUCAUCUGCCAAAAAACCACUUGAUCCUCGACCAACGUCUUGUUCACAAUCUCUAAUCGACUACCCUCAAUCUACUGCGCGCAUGUCAUGUGGCAAUCUGAGCCAUCAUCUUGAUCCAAGUCUAUCAACCAUGUCAGACUCACAGAAGACCAUUGAUCCGCCACGAAGUCUCUCGGCAUCAUCAGCUACAAAAAAACAUUCUAAUCCUCGGCCGAUCUCAACUUCGCAAUCCUUGUUCAAUUAUACUCAGUCCAAGGCCAGCAGUUCAUUGUCAGAUGUGCUUCAUCAUCCUGAAGCAUGUUCAUCAUCCAUACCAGAACACCGCGAGACACUUGCCUUACCGCGAAGUGUAUCCACAUCAUCUGUACCCAAAUUAUCUGAGACUACACGAUUGUUCUCUCCGCAAUCAUUGAUUGAGGACUUUGGCAAGACUGAAUCUUCACCCGCUUUAGCUUCACAUUUGCGACGUGAUUCGGAAACAUCAAAUGCGUCUAUAACUCUCUCGAGUGCUAGUGUGUUGUCUACCUUACUUACACCUAUCCAGGGUAAUCUGAGCAGGUCUCGACAGGAACGAUUUCCUUCAAUGGUCUUGGAAGCCGAAACUGAACCGAUCUUUGUCACAUCACCUCCGGCCAUCCAUACUUCUCAAUCCACAGCUCCUACCUCAUUUGGUUCUUCAUUAUCGAAUGCACAAAGCAUUGUAGAUCAAUAUGAAGCACAUGGGCCAGAGCAAUUACGAAAGAUUAUUGACUCCUUCAAAGCACAAGAUCAUCGUGAAAGACGCGUUUCGACGUGUACCAGUCGAUGUGAAUCUUGUAGUUCUGUGCUUCCUGGUGACUUGAAACGGUACAGUAUAGGUGCUACUUGGACUGCAAGUGAUUCUCCAAAACUAUGCUCCUGUCCAAUUAACAUUCGUCCUCGGAUACCGAUCAGCACAAGAACAAAGAGAACUAUUCCCACAUUAUCCACACGUAAGACAACACAGGCAGUGAAACGGAUUGGAGUAGCAGAAGAAGAUUCGUCAGAAGAAGAUUCAGAUCCGCUCUUAGCACUAAGUGAGAUGAUGCGUAGUAAGAAUGGAAUGAUUAGAGCACAAGCCGAAACGAUCAAAGCACAAGCCGAAUUAUUAGUAGAAAGUGAGAACCGAUUAGCAGCACAAACGGCUCAUAGUCGUACAGAAGAAUUAGAUGAAUAUUUCAUACCAUUAUUGAAAUCGAUUGAAAGUUUGAACAAAGAGAAUCGAAAGAGAAUUGAAAAUGAAUUGAUCAGAUUAAGAUUUACAUGGGAAAUGGAAAGGAAAGAUUAUGAAGAAGAGAAAGUGAAGAUUAAAGAGAAGUUAUUGAACACUUUACAAGAUUAUGAAAAGGUUUGUGAUCAACUUUCGGUGAUUAGAAGAGCUAUUGGAGAAGAACCAAAUCAUAGUCAUGACAAUGGGAAUGGACAAUCUUCUUCUUCUUCAUCUUCGUUAUAAUCAAAUUAAAUGGUUUUGCAUAACUUUGGGUUUUUUUUUGCAAGAUUAGGGGUUUUUUGUAUUGUGGAACUUGAAGAAUGGUGUAUUGUUUAGUGUCAACUGUCUCUUUUGUUAAGUUUGGUUUUUCGGUUCUUUCUUUUAUUACUGGGUCUUAUUUUUUUUUUGGACGGUUCUAUUGAAUUAGUUAUUUAUGGUUUGGUUUUAUAUAGAUUUUGGAUUGGGGUUUUGAUUUCUUUAGGAUGAUUUUGGGUUUUGAAAAACAAAAGGAUGAUGUGUUGGAAUAUAGUGUUGUGUGAUUGUGUGUUAAUGUGAUUGUUGAGAGAGAAAGGAUAUGUUUCAUUUAUAUUAUAAGCUUCGUUCUUUUUUUUUUGAAUCAAUGUUUUAUUUUGUUGGGUGUUUUUGCAAACUUUUUCGUUUUGUGUUUGUGUGUGUUUGAUUGAUUGAUUGAAUUCGUUGUGAAGUUGGAUAAUGGGUGGUGUUGGGAUUUGAAAUUGUAUGGGAUUUCUUUUUUUGGAUUCGAUUUCUUUAGUCUUUGAUAGUUAUAUUACAUUAGAAUCAACAGAUAACUAUUGAGAUUUGUUUC